CGGAAUUUCAGAAUACACCAACAAGUACAUCCCGUACGAACUCCAGCCGGUAAAGUCAUGCAAGCCAGCACACCGACCGAUCGAAGCUCAGGGUCCAAUGGAAUCAGAUACGACGCACCGACUGCCGCACACAAUGAUGAUGAUGAUGAUGAGGAUGAUGAUGAUGAUGAUGAGGAUGAUGAUGAUGAUGAUGAGGAUGAUGAUGAUGAUGAUGAGGAUGAUGAUGAUGAUGAUGAGGAUGAUGAUGAUGAUGAUGAGGAUGAUGAUGAUGAUGAUGAGGAUGAUGAUGAUGAUGAUGAGGAUGAUGAUGAUGAUGAUGAGGAUGAUGAUGAUGAUGAUGAGGAUGAUGAUGAUGAUGAUGAGGAUGAUGAUGAUGAUGAUGAGGAUGAUGAUGAUGAUGAUGAGGAUGAUGAUGAUGAUGAUGAGGAUGAUGAUGAUGAUGAUGAGGAUGAUGAUGAUGAUGAUGAGGAUGAUGAUGAUGAUGAUGAUGAGCAUGAUGAUUUUGAUGCGGAUUAUGUGAAGUGGGACUUGGAAGCCAGACACCCACACGUUCAGGAGGCCUAUAAACCACCCACGGAGCCGUUCAAAGGAGUGGCCACAUACACCACGGAUUACGUACCACAUGAGAUGUCUCCGACACAGAGCUGCAAGCCCAGUCACCAGUACAUUGCCUCAGGGACUCCGUUCGAUAGCAUAUCGGACUAUCGUGACGCAUACCGACAGCACCCGCUAGAGCGGACCAUGCCGAUUGUACACAAGGACUGUGUGCAAAAAGCCGGUGUACCCAUGGAGGGUGUGUCGACACAUAUGCGAGAUUUCGACUGGAAAACAGGUCGUCCGGGCACAUCGUACUACAAAUCGACCGAGCCGUUCGACGGUUGCAGUACAACAAAACAGCACUAUGUACCGCAUCCGGGUUGUCGACCGGCAGAGUCGUGCAAGCCUCAUCAGGUUGCAGCUGGUGGUCAAGGCGAAUUUGACGACGCCACAAUCUAUAGGGGAGAUUACACACGAAAGUAUUUGGAACCUUGUCCAGCCGCGUUGCUCAACACCAGUCGCAGUGGAUUUGCCUAUGCGCAAGAG